AACAAUACGGGAAAGGGCAGCUGAAGAAGCAGUACCGUUAGCACAAACAGCUAAUGUAAUAGCUGUUGAUGUUACGAGCUCUUUGGUCGUUGGUGAUAUUGACAACUCAUCCGGACAAAUUCAUCAGAGACUCUCUGUGAAAACAACACUCUUCGGUUUAGCUAUUCCACUCUGAAGACCCAAUUUACUCCAGUACAAGAACAGUGAAUCACCACUGGUUGCCCUGUGACUCAGGGAAAAUAAUGUGCUGCAGCUGAAGAUGGGGGGUAGUGGCUCCAAAUCCAAAGGAUUUUGGCCUUUCUCUGGCUCAGGCAGCGGGGAUGAAGCAGCCAAAGAUGGAAACGAGCAGUCACUGGCAAGAGUACGAAGUUUCCCUGGCGCGACUCCCUUCGUGUUUACCAGACGAAGCUCUAUGUACUUCGAUGAGGACGGUGACUUGGCCCAUGAGUUCUACGAGGAGACAAUUGUGACAAAAAAUGGACGUAAAAGAGCCAAACUGAAAAGGGUUCAGAAAAACUUAACGCCUCAGGGAAUUGUAAAGCUGGACUUCCCGUGCAUCCAUGUAGAUUUCCCCGUUAUCCUCUGUGAAGCCUGACGGUCCUCGAGGGACUCGAAUGAGCCACUGAGUCAGCUCCGUCCCGGUUUUCUUCUCUUUCUUUCCCCCUGCAGAUGGAAGCCGGAAACAUCUCCCAUUAACGUGAUCUCCCAAAUUAUCUGAAGCCCCUGCGCGGAGCGACUGAUGCAUCGUGUGCCGAGCCUCUGCAUGUGACCAGUUUGUGGCUUGUGUGCAGUGAGACGCGGGAUGGACCGCCAGUUGGGAUGGAGAGGAAAAGCCGAAUCCUCUCAUUUCAUGGAGUUCUUGGCUUGUGUGCAUGUCAGUGUGAAUGCGUGCAGACAAAGGAUGAAACCUUUUAAGAGUUCUAAAUUUUUUUUUUUUUUUUUUGCUGAAAGUUGUUUUCUUGUAUGAUUCAUUGAACUCAAUGAGUUUAGAAUAAAAGCAGUACUUGUUAUGGUCUUAUCUGAAGUGGGGAAACCUGUCUGUGCACAUUUUAGUUGGUUUUUUUUAAUGUUUUUUUUGUGACACUAUUUUGUCUUGCUUUGUUUUGCAUGGAGCAGGAGGUUUGGGCUGCAGCCUUUGUGAGUUGGCAAUCAGUAGCCACCCAAACUAAUCUAAGGAAGGAUUAAUAUCAUGUGGUAACAUUUGAAGAACUUGUUUCAGUGACUUCAUGCCACACAUGUACACAACAGCAUUGAGUCAAAUAGGACUUUUUUUUUUUUCUUUGCUGGUUUGGCAGGAUGUAUUUCACAUUUAAUUUAUUAAAACAAUUUUUUAAAUUACAAAAUCAGAUGUUGCUCUGUCAUGUUUCUGUUUUUAAACGACUGAAUCUCAAAAGGUUAGAAUAAUAUUGAGAAAAGUUUUUAUGUAAUUUGUUCAUUUAAUCAAGACAAUCCUGUGUAAUUUAUUACACAGCCAUGUAGCCCAAGCAUUUAUUUCUCCACUAUUUCUGAUGAUUAUGACUUUCAGUUCAUGAAAACUCAUUUUUCAGCAUUUCAGAAAUAAGAGUAUUACACAAAUACUGCAAAGUAUGUCUAUAUAUUACAGUAUUUACAGUUUUUGUUUUGUUUUUGUUCUGUUUUUCCCAUGAACUAUUGCAUCAAUGCAGAGUGACAUGGAGAUGAUCGGGUUUCUUGAAUAGUAGCAUUGUUGGGUUUGGUGUUUUUUUUGUGGCUCCUCUUGACAACGCACCAUAGAUUCUCCACGGGGUUCUGGUCAGGGAAGUUUGCUGACCCACCCUGAACAUUAAUACCAGGGUCAUUAAAACAAGUAUUGGUACUUAUGGCAGUGUGAGUGGGUCCCAACUUCUGCUGGAAGAUGAAAUCAGCACCUUCAUAAUGGCUGUCAAGAGAGGGAAGCAUGAGGCGCUCUGAAUCUCACUGGUUGGUGUCUACUCUGACUUUUAAUGUAAUAAAACUCAGUGGGUCAACUCCAGGAGAUGACGGUACUCCCUAAAUCAUCCCUGACUCUAGAAACUUAACGCUGGAACUCAAACAGCUUUCCAUGUUUUGUCCAGACUGGGGUCUUACUUUCCUAUUAAAAUGUAAAAUUGACUUUAAAUUUGAAAAUAGGACAUUGAAUCUCUGAGCAGAAGUCCAGUCCUUUUUCCUCUUUGGUCCACGUAAAAAUCUCUGGUUAACAAGUAUUUUUGUGUGCUUUUCCUACAUGUUUUCCUUCCACUCAGCUUUCCGUGAAUAUGCUGCAGCACUCUGUCGACAGCCAGACAGCUCACUAAGGAAUUUUGUUUUUGUGACUCACCCUCUCUGAAAAUGUCGUAAGAGAUGUUUCCUAAAGGUUGUGGGGUCAAUGAUAUAUUUAUAUUUCAAAAUGAUUUCUUUGAUCCGGCCCUUCUUUGAUUUUCAGAGAAACUGAAUUUUUGAUUUUCAUAAAUUAUAAGUCAUUAUUGUCAAUGUUGUGGCUGUCAUAUAUGUAUAUCUAGAUAAAGAGAUCAUUUCUGAAUUUAAUUACUGAAAUAAGCUUCCCAAUGAUGUUCUAAUUUUUUGAGAUGCACAUCUAUACUCAUGUUCAAAGGGUUAAACAUUACAACAUAUUUACUUAACAGUCAUUUCCACUGGGAGCAGACAAAUAUCUUUUUGCACUGAAAACCUUUAAUGCACUUUUUCACAAAAGUUCAAAUAAACAUCAUUAUGCGUAGUAUAA